AAACCAGGAACACCACAAACGGAGACGGCCGAAUCCAUCCAAAGAGACGUACGUCCCUCCUCCUUCCAUCACUGUCUCUCUCUCCCGCUCCCUCUCUGCGCAUCCAUGGCUGCCGAGGCCACGGCCGCCAGUGUUCUGCCUCUCGUGGGGAAGAAGCGUUACAGCGAAGACGAUGCGGGGUCUUAUGACGACGAUGAAGGGUUCUCAAUGAAGAAGGGUGGGAGGAAAUGGACGGGCGUGUCGGACCCUGUGCAGGCGCUGGCCAGCGUUCGGCACGAGUUCGGCGAGCACGGAGGCGUCAACAUGUCCAUCGAGGCGUCCGCCACGUUCACGGUCAUGGAGCCGGAGACGAUGCGGAGGAUGUUCGCCGGCGAGCUCGGUCCUGACCGGGAUUUCUUCAUAUACAGCCGGCACUUCAACCCCACGGUGCUGAACCUCGGCCGGCAGAUGGCCGCGCUGGAGGGCACCGAGGCGGCCUACUGCACCGCCAGCGGCAUGUCCGCCAUCUCCUCCGUGCUGCUGCAGCUCUGCGCCAGCGGCGACCAUGUCGUCGCCCCGACGUGCCUCUACGGCGGCACCCACGCUCUGCUCACCCAUUUUCUCCCCCGGGCGGCCAACAUCACGGCCACGUUCGUCGACCCCCAUGACCACCAGGCCGUGACCGACGCCAUUAGGCCGAACACCAAGGUGCUGUACCUCGAGGCUAUGUCGAACCCGACGCUCUCGGUGCCGGACAUCCCGGCUCUGUCGGCGAUUGCACACGGCCGCGGGCUCACCGUCGUCGUCGACAACACCUUUGCGCCGAUGGUGCUGUCGCCGGCGAGGUUGGGGGCUGACGUCGUGGUGCACAGCAUCUCUAAGUACAUCAGCGGCGGAGCGGAUGUGAUCGCCGGAGCCGUCUGCGGGCCGGCUCGACUCAUCAACUCCAUGAUGGACCUCCACCAGGGGGCGCUCAUGCUUCUCGGCCCAACCAUGAACGCGAAGGUGGCGUUCGAGAUCUCGGAGCGGCUGCCCCACCUUGGCCUGAGGAUGAAGGAACACUGCCGGAGGGCACUCGUCUACGCUCAGAGAAUGAAGGCACUCGGACUCAAGGUCGUCUACACGGGCCUCGAAGACCACCCACAGCACAAGCUCCUAAGAUCCAUGGCGAACCAAAGCUACGGGUAUGGAGGAAUGCUGUGCGUGGACAUGGGGACGGAGGAGAGGGCUAACCGGCUGAUGUACCACCUUCAGAACCACUCGCAGUUCGGCCUGAUGGCGGUGAGCCUCGGCUACUACGAGACGCUCAUGUCCUGCUCCGGGAGCAGCACCAGCAGCGAGAUGAGCGCGGAGGAGAAGCAGCUCGCCGGAAUCUCCCCCGGCCUCAUCAGAAUGUCCAUCGGCUACAGCGGCUCCCUCGAGCAGAGAUGGACUCAGUUCGAGGCUGCCCUUGCGAGGAUGCCCGCGGGGGACGCCCUCUCUCCCAAAACCUCCCUGCACUAAACUCAAGACCAGGCUCUGUCCAUCUCCCAUUCUCUCUAGUGCCCUUUAGUGAUCUGUUUCUUCAAAAUUUCCCCUUCUUUCUCCUCCUCCUCCUUCUUUUUGGCUGAUGCUGUAACGUAAGAGAUCUAAGCAGCAUGUGGAAGUUGACAGGAAAUGAAUGUGAUUCGAAGUGUGGGCUUGUGGUAUAGAUCAUUUGACAAUGGCAAAUGGGCUGUAAUUAAUAUGGUGCUUCUUGUAUGUGGCUUUCUCACACUUGCAUGUUGUGAGCAAGAUAGUUGCAGAGCCAAGAAGGAGCUGAGCGGUGGCUACUGUCAAAUUGAAUAUUGUGAAUGAAUAAUUAUAUUGUUUGUCUUUUUA